UUGACACAUGACACUUUGUGGAUAAAUACGAGCACGUUGUUACAAAUAUUAUUUAUUGAAAAGGUUUAAUUAGUUAUUAGAAAUGGUAAAUAUUAGUGACAGUGCCGUUGAAAAUAUUGGAAGUGUGUUGAAUGAUCCACAAAGGCCCAUGAAAGAACGUUUUCGGGCUCUAUUUACUCUUCGAAACUUAGGAGGAGAAACUGCAAUUAAAUGCAUAAGCGAUUGUUUUAAAGAUGAGUCAGUUCUUCUAAAACAUGAGCUUGCAUAUUGCUUAGGUCAAAUGCAAGAUGUGAAAGCAGUACCUAUUCUGAAAAGCGUUUUAGCAGACACGAACCAGGACCCGAUCGUUCGACACGAAGCCGGUGAAGCACUAGGUGCUAUUGGAGAUCCGGGCCUUCAAGAUCUACUAGAAAAGUAUCAGUAUGAUCCUGCUAUAGAAGUAGCAGAAACAUGUCAAAUAGCAUUACAGAGAUUAAAAUGGAUUGCAGAAAAAAACACAAAAGAAAAUAAUCUAUUACUAAGCCGAUAUGCUUCUAUUGAUCCUGCACCUCCUAGUGAAGAAGUUAAUAUUGAACAGUUAAGGAAAACAAUGAUGGAUGAGAAUAAAACAUUAUUUGAACGUUAUAGAGCUAUGUUUAGCUUACGUAACUUAGGGACUACAGAAAGUAUUAAUGCUUUAGGUGAAGGCUUUAAAGCAAGUAGUGCACUAUUUCGCCAUGAAGUGGCCUUUAUUUUUGGCCAGAUGCAAGAUGAGCGCAGUGUGCCCUUCCUUAAGAAGACUUUAGAAGACACAACAGAACAUGAAAUGGUACGUCAUGAAGCUGCUGAGGCACUGGGUUCUAUAGCUACCGAUGAAUGCACAGAAGUAUUAACAAGGUAUCUCCACGAUCCCCGUCCUGUCGUUAGAGAGAGCUGCGAAGUGGCGCUUGACAUGUCUGAAUAUGAGAACAGUCCAGAAUUUCAAUAUGCUAAUACUUUGCUCACAGUUCAAGGAUGAUUUUACAUGUAAUGUGAUAUGGUAAAAUUUCUAAGAUUCCAUUCAUAUAAUGAAACAGCGGAAAUUUAAAUACACAAAUGACACAUUAAGUCAGUUAAGUAAAUGACUUACCAUUAAAUAAAUGAUUUGUUCUUAUUUCAAUUCUUAUUAUUUGUAUUUGUGUAAUAUUAUUAAAUUUAAAAUAUAACAAUAAAAUACAGGUAUUUUAUGGAAAGUGUAUCAAUUGCUGUUCUAUUGUUUUGUAUUCAAUGCAACAUCAUUGUUAUGUUAAUUAAUUGUUGUUUGUAAGAUAAGGGUCAGCAUAAAACAUUGAUAUUUAGGGACAAAGAUACAAAUAAAAUCUUGUCCUUUUAUGAGCCAGGAACCUUUGUGGACAUAUAUUGAAUAACCCAUAAAAGUUUUUGAAUGCAUACAGGAAAAACAUUCAAACAUUAAUUUGAUAUAUUUAUUAAUGAAAAGUGUAAAUAAAUAUUAAAGAUGUAUAAUUUUUUCCACAAUCACAGAAACCCAGUUAUUAUAAAAUUAUGUAAUUGCAAAUAUAUACAUAACGUUUUGUUUAAAACUACGC